AUGGCGGCGAAUUUCUGGCAAAGUAGUCAUGCGUAAGUGAUUUCUGAUAGAAAAAUUGAUCGAAUAGAGUGAAUCGAUAUUUUCAGAGAGCAAUGGAUUUUCGACAAAACUGAACUUAUGCGAAGUCGAUCAGAAGAUUAUAAGUUGUUUACGGAGGAAGAAUACGCGAAAUUUCAUAUAUUUUGGGCGAAUUGUAUGUUUUUUAAUUGCAAAAAUCAUGAAUUUUUGACGUGAAAUUAUUAGGGGAACUCCAUUUUUCUCUUACUAACAAAUAUCAAUGUUUUGCAGUUAUGACAUCAGUGGCGACUGAAGGAGUCCAUGUUCCUGCGAAUAAUUCGCGAAUUCGCCAACAAGUUAUUGCAACUGCCGUCACAUAUUUCAAGCGAUUUUAUUGUCGGCGAAGUUUCAAAGAUAUGAAUCCGUUUUUGGUGUCUUGUACCAGUUUAUUUUUGGCGUGUAAAGUUGAAGAGCACACACCAUUGAGUGUUUCGAGUUUUUUGAAAAAUACUGCACAGAUUCGUGAGUUCUUUUGGGUGGAAAAAUUCAAUUUCAAAUAGAAAUCUUGCCCGAAUUUUCGAGUAUGUAUUUUUUCUUACAGUUCCCAAAAAAUGGGGAGUUCCAUUCGAUUCUUCCCUCUCAAAAAAUGGCAAUGUUUAUGACGCGGAAUUUGUUUUGGUCGAAAUAUUGGAUUGUUGUUUAAUAGUUUAUCAUCCAAAUCGUCCACUCAAUCAAUUUCUAACAGAUAUCAAUAAAAAUGUACAAUUAAGAGAAUUCGAUCAAAUUGAAGCACAAUGUCAUAAAGUUGUAAAUGAUACAUUGAGAUGUGAUGUUGGAUUAUUGUUUCCACCACAUAUUAUUGCUAUUGGUGAGUUAUUUUGGAAGUCAGGGAAUUUGUGGAGGAAAACAGCGAAAAAAUAUCGAAAAAAUGCAGUUUCAUAAUUGUUUUUUUUUGAUAAUUUUGAAUUUUUAGAGCAAAUUUUUACGGAAAGAUUGAGAAAACAAUUUCAAAACUAGAAAAUUCUUACUCAAUUUUCCAAGCCCAGAAAAUUUUCCCUAAAUAAUAUACGUUUCAAAAUGUUUUGAUAAUUUUUUGCAAUCCGUGAGUUUCGCUGUGACACUUCACGUAUUCCAAUAAAAAUUAUAGUUGAUGUUUUUAAAUGCCGAAAAAUCACCCAAAUAUUUCACAAUUUUUCAAGUGAAAUCAAAAAUAUUUAUAUCCAAAAAUUUAACUGUUUCAAAAUAAAUGUAUUCAUUCUUGUAAAUUUUUAGAUUUUACACGAAUAUUGUUAGGAAAAUCCACUGUUUCAAAAUGUUUUUAUCGGUUUAAAAAUUUUUUGAAAAAAUGUAUCACUGUUUCAAUUUGAAAAAUUUAGAAAACAUAACUAAAAAUAUCACUGUUUCAAUAAUAUUUUGAAAUUAAAAAUGUCUCAAUCAAAUUAAUAAUGUUUGCAGCAUCGCUUGUUGUUGGAACCGAAUUAAUGGGCCGCGGUGAUGAAAUCCAACAAUGGCUCUCUGAAUUAUCAGUGGAUAUCGACAAAGUUGUUGAUUGUGUAGAUCAAAUCUAUAAAAUGUACAAAUUAUGGCGCGAUUUUGAUGAAAAAGAACAGGUGAAAGUUUUGUUGGCCAAAUUACCAAAAAUUAAUAUGAUGCCCAAUUAUUGA